AAGGGGGCUUCACGCCCAAGCACACACUGAGUUGGAUGACAUACAGUCCGUGCAGUUAAAGGCUCUGUCGACAACAUGGUGUUCCGACUUUGUCUGUGUGUAGCCUUGCUGUUUGUUUGUGGAUAUGCCAACAACUCCAGUGAAUACUGCCGGGUUUUACUCAACUACGACAAAUUUUCGACAUCCUUGGACCAAUUUCUGGCUUCAUUGAAUGAGACUGGUGGGGUCACGGACAUGGGUGGUGAAAACAAAACAGCCUGCCUGGCAGCUGUGGACAGACGUGUUAUUGACCUGGAGAACAAAGUCGAGAAGCUGUUAAAUGACAACAAAAACAAAGUGGCUCGUAUCAGUUACCUGGAGAGAACCCUAGAAAACAAAACAGCCGACCUGGCAGCUAUGGACAGACGUGUUAUUGACAUGGAGAACAACGUCGAGAAGCUGUUAAAUGACAACAACAACAAAGUGGCUCGUAUCAGUUACCUGGAGAGAACCCUAGAAAACAAAACAGCCGACCUGGCAGCUAUGGACAGACGUGUUAUUGACAUGGAGAACAACGUCGAGAAGCUGUUAAAUGACAACAACAACAAAGUGGCUCGUAUCAGUUACCUGGAGAGAACCCUAGAAAACAAAACAGCCGACCUGGCAGCUAUGGACAGACGUGUUAUUGACAUGGAGAACAACGUCGAGAAGCUGUUAAAUGACAACAACAACAAAGUGGCUCGUAUCAGUUACCUGGAGAGAACCCUAGAAAACAAAACAGCCGACCUGGCAGCUAUGGACAGACGUGUUAUUGACAUGGAGAACAACGUCGAGAAGCUGUUAAAUGACAACAACAACAAAGUGGCUCGUAUCAGUUACCUGGAGAGAACCCUAGCCAACCUGACGUCGGAGCGGAGUGCAGAUUGUGGUCCUCCGCCUCAACAACAUAACACAGACGUCUACAUUUCAUCGGGUUUUCAAACCAUUGCCACCUACACAUGCAAGACGGGUUUCAUGACCGUCUAUCUUGGUCAACAAGCAACGGGCUUGUGUCAAAAAGACGGGAACUGGUCGAAGGUCAACUUGAAGUGUUUCAACCUCUCUAGCUGCUGGUCGGCACCUAAUGGAAAAGCGUUGUACGCCGGAACCGUAUCAAACACCAAAACUGGCAAGGUCUGUCAGCGAUGGGAUUCUGAUGACCCAAACGGUCACAACCAUGAUGAAGACGCUGAGUUCUCCAUCCCAGGAUUUGUCCCUCAACAAUCUGUCACAGGAUCCGCUAACUACUGCCGUGACCCAGAUGCCGGAGGGUAUUUAUGGUGUUACACAACGGAUCCAGAUGACCGCUGGGGAAGGUGUGAUGUCCCUGAGUGUUAGAUCCAGGACUGACAGGCUUACAAGUACGAAACUGGCCCAGCUGGCUUCUGUCCUCGUCCUCUCUCCCACUAUUAACAGUGUUGUCUUUACUAUGAGAUGUGUCUAUGUUGUGGGUUGGGAGGAAUUCGUGAUUUUGCAACAUUAAAAUCGGUCAUUGUGAAACAAUAAUAGACCGGAUGUUCUGGACCCCAAACUGUCACGGGAUCUGCUAACUACUGCCGUGACCCAGAUGGUACAGGGUUCUUAUGGCGUUUCACAACGGAUGGUGAUACACGCUGGGAAAAAUGUAAUUGCCGUUUAUUUUCUGAUAAUUCAUAUAAAACCCCUGAAACAAUUAAAACAUUCUUUAGAGAAAACAUAAAUAUAUACUGAUAGAUAAUGUCAGUCAUUAAUAUCAUCUUUAAAUAUAACCAUUUACAAAAUAUUAUUAUUGCUAUAUAUAUUGCAUCAACACUUCAUUGAUGACAUAUUCCAUAUAUACUUUAAUUCAUACAUAGAUAUGCAUAUACAUAUCAUAUAGGGAAACAGAUUAGUAUGAUGCAUUUCUUAUCAUGUAGACAUUACACAAUGCAUAACAUUUAAUAAACCUACCAAGUGUGUGGACCUGGGUACAAUCAGUACACACCGGCAGCUGCACGGGCAAUACAGAUACGUCUCCAUAAA